AAUUGUCAAAUUAUAAUCAUCGUCAUUCCACAAAGCAAAAAAGCAGUGCCUGAAGCGCCUUGUAUAGAUAGAGAUGCUGAUGCAGUCCAUUUUGGGUCGCAAGUCACCUUCACUUUCAUCUACAGGUGCCUUCACUCCUCUCCCUUUGUUGUGCUCAAGUUGUCUCAAAUACUCUGAUACAUACAAGUUCCAUGGUUCUUUCACUCACUCAAAGCGCAGAAAGGGUGUGAAAGAAGUCAAAUUUAUAGCAUUAACUGAUCAAAACCUUGCAACUACUAACUGCCCAAAUGGUGAGGAACUCUCUGGUGAGUCAUACAACCAUUUGAUAAGUGAUUUUUGUAGAGCAGGGCAAAUUGACAAGGCCAUGGCUCUUCUUGCUGAAAUGGAAGCUCUUGGGGUUCGACCUAAUUCAAUCUCUUACGCUCAUUUGAUUGACGCUCUUGGAAGUACUGGCAGGACUUUGGAGGCUGAUAUGUUGUUUCAGGAAAUGAUAUCUUUUGGGUUUAGGCCAAGAAUUAAGCUUUACAAUGUUUUGCUCAGAGGGUUUUUGAAGAAAGGCCUCUUAGGACUGGCAAUUAGAGUUAUGGCGGUAAUGGGUGAUUUGGGGGCCGAGAAAAAUCAAGAGACAUAUGAGAUUCUUCUUGAUUACUAUGUCAAUGCUGGGAGGUUGGAAGAUACUUGGUCAAUGAUUAAUGAGAUGAAGCGGAAGAGGUUUCGGCUAAGCUCAUUUGUGUACAGUAAGGUUAUUGGUCUUUACAGGGAUAAUGGAAUGUGGAAGAAAGCAAUGGACAUUGUGGGUGAGAUAAGGGAGAUGGGGAUGGCAUUAGACAAACAGAUUUACAACAGCGUUAUUGAUACAUUUGGGAAAUAUGGUGAGGUGGAUGAAGCUUUGGAAGUGUUUGAGAAAAUGAAACAAGAAGGUGUAAAGGCUGAUAUAACGACGUUUAAUUCCUUGAUACGGUGGCAUUGUAAGGCUGGUGAUAUAAGUAAGGCACUUGAGUUGUUAACUGAGAUGCAGGAACAGGGGUUAUAUCCUGAUCCAAAGAUCUUUGUCACCGUUAUCAGCCGACUGGGGGAGCAGGGGAAGUGGGAUAUGAUACAGAAGACUUUUGAGAAUAUGAAAAGCCGAGGGCAUAAGAAAAGUGGGACCAUUUAUGCUGCUUUGGUUGAUAUUUAUGGGCAAUAUGGAAAAUUUAAGGAUGCAGAAGAGUGUAUAUCUGCCCUAAAGGCGGAAGGUCUUAUUCCUUCAGCCAGCAUGUUUUGCGUCUUAGCAAAUGCCUACGCUCAGCAGGGAUUAUGCGGACAGACAGUUAAGGUACUUCAGCUCAUGGAAGCUGAGGGAAUUGAACUGAAUGUCAUAAUGCUGAAUGUGCUGAUGAAUGCAUUCGGUGUUGCUGGUAGACAUUUCGAGGCUUUAUCCAUUUAUCACCAUAUAAAAGAAAGUGGUUUUAGCCCUGAUGUGGUUACGUAUACUACCCUCAUGAAGGCAUAUAUUCGGGCAAGGAAGUUUGAUAAGUGGUUUCCUGAUCAGGUCCCUGAGGUUUACGAGGAAAUGGAACAUGCAGGAUGCACUCCAGAUAGGAAGGCUAGGCAGAUGUUACAAGUUGCUUUAAUGGUCCUUCAACAGAGGAAUUGUGAGUAGUAGUGAAUGGUUGGGUUGUGAUGCAAUGUGCUUGUUCAAUCUGGUAUGGACACAGGCUAUGAUCCUUUCAGCAGUCAAAAGACGGUCUUACGUGAUGGCUGUGCCGCUUUUUUACAAACACUUCAAACCAGAUGGGGUGUUAACUUUCG